UAACAUUAGUUUAAAAAUUAAAUUUGUUACGUCAAUCUAACAAUGGGGACCAGCAAUGUUAGGUAAGUUUUUUCUUUACAUUCUGACGCAAUAAAAUCAAAGCCAUGGCAAGAAAUUUGAUAAAGAAACACAAUCACCCUUGUUGAAGAUUUUUAGAGAUAUGAUGACGAAGGAGAAAGAUGAUCCUGAAAAAAGAAAUCUCCUUUUGGAGCACAAAGAAGAGAAGAAGAGGCGACAAUACUCAGGGUCUAGAACGAAAACAGGGAGAUCCGGUGACUCCAGCUGUUCAGAACAUCGUAAAAGAGGACAUCCUUACAAAAGUUCUUCCACGGAGCACAGAGCAGAAUUCAAGCUUAGACAGACGCAGAGCGUUCACAACCAGAGUGAAAAGAGGGACAGUUGGUGGUUUUGGCAAAAGGAAAGCCCGAAGAAAAAUACUGAGGAUACCUGUUCGUGCGUAUCAUGCGCUUUGCCCAGGUUGAAAAAGAUCGUCAACUCCGAGUACGCGUGCAUCGGCUGCCUGCUCUUCUUGUUUACCGUCUCCAUCAUCGUGGCGUUCCUGGUGGUCUUCAAGAACGUGCCCUGCCUCUCCGGACCCUCGGAAAAGGAAGUGCCCUGCAAACACAAAAUCCCGGACAGCGAGCGACUGAAAAGGAAGAUUGAGAUGCUGAAUGUUAAUAGGAGAAGGAAUGAUUUUCUGGGUCUGGAUGAGUAUAGGAAGAAUGAUAAGAGAGGAUAUGAUGAUGAAUUAACGGGAGGUAUUGGUUUUUCCGGCAGUUCUGGAAUCGAUUUCGGGCCGAGUUUUCGAGAACUGCAGUCGUCUUUAGAAGACAGUGACACCAUGAUAUCUGGAGACGCGUGGGCGAGCGUGAUGGAAGCAGACAAAGCCAUCAGUGACAACCAGAGCAGUGAGAAAUUGAGAGAGUUCUACAAGAAGUUAGUGCAAACUGACGCAAAAAUAAAAAGCCUGAAAAAAAUUAACCAAGAGUACUUAGAAAAUGUGGAACCGGUACUCAAAGUACCGGAGAGGUCAAAACGAUCGCUCAAGCUCAACAACCGCCCAAGAAAAUACUUACUUAGGCGAAGAAGAUCAGCCUUCAACAAAAAUCACAAAAUUGAUAUCACGAAAAGACAAGCCAACGAAACAAAACUUAAACUUAAUAACUUAGAGAAAAAACAAGCUAAUAAAACUCGAAUGGAACCAAAUAAUAAAACCAAAAGACAAGUAAACACAACACGAGUUAACCGUAAUGACCCAGACGAACCAACAGGAUUCGUUAUCGAAAGAAAGAAGAUCUUAGUCCGAUACAAACCUGAACCGGCAAAAAAGAAGAAAGUACCAAAAUGUUCACACGCACCAAAAGAUUCGCACACACAUGAAAAUCAACUGAAACAUCCAUUUUACAAAAACACCCAAAGACUAGACGAACUUCUAGACAUGUUUCUAAAUAAGAACCUGCCUGAGAUCGUAUCAGAUCCUUUUGGACUAGACACGUUGUUUUCAAAAGAAAGAGAGAAAUCAAAUAAAUGCAAGCAUCCGAAACCGCAUAAGAAUGUUAAUAUCAUUGCGAAAGAACUGCUAGCAGAUCAAAUACCGAAACCUAAGCCGAAGGUGCAGAAGGUGAAAGAAGAAGCGAAGGAUGAGCCGAUGAUAUUGAAGGUCCUGGCUCCGGAGUCAUCGACGCAAUUCGAGAAAGAGUUUGCGCAUCAUGAGGCACAGAUGGUUGGAAAGGAAAAGCAACAGAUUGUGACUGCCAGUCCUAAUGAUUUCGAAGUACUGUUGAGCGUUUCGACAAUUAUGAAUCCAGAUCUGAAGAAGACAGGAAAGCUGCCUGCUGUCAUCGGCAGGCUCCCGAAUAUCAGGAAGCUGAUGCAGAUUGAAGGUGAUGAUGAGGAGAAUCUAGGAUAUGAGGACUUCAAGGAGGUCCUGAAGGAUGACGUGGAGAAUAUUGAUGACACGGAGAAGAGGACUGAUAGGAGGAAACGGACUGAGGAGCAACAAACUGCCCAGCAACAACAAGACAAGUUCCCGAAGUACAAUCCGCCGGGAGUUCACAACCCCAACUGGAAGGGACCGAUGCCGCUGUACCCGGAUGAGCUCAACUCCAUGUUGCGACAUUCUGCGCUGAACAGUACCAAGGCAGGAAAAACAAGCACAACUGUUUCAAACGAAGUCCAACCAGGCUUAAUCGAAAGGAGAGGUCGAGAUUUAUCAGAUGUAGAAUACGUAGAAGACUAUUUGAAUAGUAAAUAUGAUAAACUAGUCGAAAUGGCCCAAGCGUACAGUGACUACGGAGUUCUCGAUGGUAAAAAGGAGACCAGGCAUGAGAAAGCAUCGGACUCUACGGCAACUGAGCAUAGAGUCAAAAUGUCAGCGAGCCCAAUGAAAAGUGGACUUUUUGGGAGAUUUAGAAAAGACAGACCGCAGCACAUUCAGACGGGGACCACAGCAAACGUGAGGAAAUACAGAGCUAUAUCUACAAGCGAAAUCGAGGAAAUGACUGAGCAGACUGGUGGUAUCCCUAACACGUUUUUCUAUACACCACCACGGAAGACUUCCGAAGGAAUUCGCUUCGAAAUCGUACCUGACAUGACCACAAGAGGACGAGAGGACAAUCUAGAAGUCCUCAAGAUUCUACAGAAGCACAUCAGGAUCGGACCCACCAACACUCCAACAAGGAUCGCCCCAAAACCCAUCAGCCCGGUACAUACAACCCUCAUAUCCAGUUACCCAGAUAUGGAAGUCAUUUAUAGUCCAAAAUAUACCAAGCCCAAAUCUAAAGUUGAUCCCGGUAGAAAACUAUUCAAAUCAGACGACGGCAAAGAGAACGGAUUAAUUUUCGCUUUUAGUAAAGGCAAAAGAAAUUUACUUUCAACUGACUAUCAAAAAGAGGAACCCGAUAAUGUUUGGGACACCAGUUGGGAUGGUAGUCUCGAAAGAAGUAAAAUGGCUUUCGAACAAUUCAUUCGGAAUUUUAAUGUUCAAAAACUUAAUGAGAACAGGGAGCAAGCUCUAGCUAACUACAUAGAGUCUCUUAGACAGAAAAAUAUAAGAAUCUAUAGUAGCGUGCCUCCUUUGAUUAAUAGAAAUUUUACAAAGACAACCAACCAAUUUGAAGCUAGACUUUCCACUUUAAUGCCAUUCGACGGCUUUUACGAUCGCGAUGGCUACAAAGAACCAAGCAUUAACGAAACAGUUGUAACUAUAAAUAAAAGUGAAAUGUACAAAGGUCAAAAUAGGUUUGAAGGUCUAAUGGUCUUGACUGUAGAGGAUCCAGAAAUUGGUACCGAACAUAUAGAUCUCAAAUUCGAUGUGCCAUUGAUAAUCGAUUUUAACGAAGACUUGUUGUUGAACGGCAACAAAAGCCGUUCGAACUUCGCAUUUUCGACACCGUAUUACAAUGGGCUAAAUUUACUAAAUGGCACAGACUUUGAUGCAUUUACCGCACCCGAAUUAGAUGACCUUUGGGAUAAAAAGAAAAGGAAUAAAAGAUAUGUUGAUUUGCAGAAGACAGUGCUUAUCGCGAACGAAACGGCAAAUCACAAAAAACCGGUGAAACAGUCGAAUGAAAGUGUGAAUGAAUACGUCACGAAGAAAGUGCAAGCGCAGACCGAGAACAGAGCGGAUGGAGAUGUCAACCUGAGUGAUUUCUUUAACAUGAUAUCGGAGUGGUUCAAGACAUUGGAAAACGUUAAAGAAGAACCAGCGAAUGACAAGCCUGAUCAAGAAGUAGCAACAACAGCUGAACUACUUUUCAAAGUGGAUAACUCAACUGAUGAACCGAAUACUACUGAAAUCACCACUACUACUCCUUCUACUACUUCUUUCCAACUUUAUGACACGGACGUGAUAGAGAAUAUCGGUCAUAGAUCCCGAAUGUUGCUUUCCGUUGAGAAUCUAAAUGCAACUGAAGAGAUAAGGACAGGAGAUGUGAAUGGUACUAGAGAGAAGAGAGCGGAGACAGCUGGUAAUGCGUCCGAAGCAUCAUCUUUACCGACACCGACCACAAAACUGGAUGCUGUAUCGACAACAAUGAGUAAUGAUAUAAAAGAAAAGCGUCAAACGACGAAAGAAGAAAGGAAAGUUAAAGCGAUUUUCAAAAGAAACGCUGAUGACAGUAAUUUGAUAUUUUGGAACGAUAUCUAUGAUGACGAGUAUGGAAUACAAGCUGACAAGUUUGAUAAUACCGUACGAGAUAAGCAUUCGGUCAAUGAGAAUGAUUUUAUUAAGAAAUCAGGUAGAUGGGUUCAUGACAAAAUAAGGAAGUUUGCUGAAAACCUCAAAAUGAACCCGCAUACGCAGGACAUGGAGAUCAAGGAACGACUCCCAAGAUCUGUCUCAAGUCCUGGAUUGAUAACGUAUCCCAAGUAUUUAUACGAAAGAAUCUCUGACAGACUUACCAGGCGGAGUACUGAUGACAGAGAAGAUGACGACAUUGAAAAUGAACAGAAAUUAAUAUUUACAUCGCUAACUGCUAACAUGAAGGAUGUAUGCAAGAAGGCAGCGAGAGCGGUGCAGCUGUCAAGGAAUAUUGAAGUGAGAGAGGACAGUAAACAGGGUUCGAUAGCGACAUCCCUGAUGCAGCAGCUGGUCCGACUGCUGACCGAUCUGGUGGACUAUCAGGUUCAGCAGAAGACUUGUACCAAGCUACCAUCAGACCUUCAAAACUUCCUGGAAUGGCUGACGGUUCCUAAGGAGGAGGCUCAGGAGGCCCAGACCGAUGCCCUCACAUACAAGACUCCUUACCAAGAGGAUGACCUGAUUGAUGAGUUGGAGAUUCCAUCCGAUGAGCGACCAAACGAUCAGCCCCCGGACUAUGAAACGAUCGGCUUCAAUGAGAAGCUGGGUAGUGGUGAUCUGAGGAUCCACUACCUGGACGUUCUCCACUCCGUCCAGGACCUGCUCGACCACUACGAGGAGAUGUCUGAUGAGGAGAAGAGCAAAAUGACUGGUGUUAAGAGUUACUUGGAGAGUCAGAUGCGAUACCUGAACAAACAAUUAUCUGGCUAUGAUUUAUAUAGUCUUUUCGAGAAACAUCAACACCAAAUGAGAUACAAGCGAGACCUAACAAUCAAACCACGCCUCACCAAACGGCGUCGUAAGAGAAAACCCCAGAAAUACGUCAAAAACUUCGGCAAGAAACAUACAAGAACCACAGCGAGUUUUGAUGAUGCUGUACCCAUAACUGACAAUAAACGAAAAGUGAUUAAAGAAGACAAAUCAAUUAAUAAACUCAUUAACAGAGCAUUUGAAGAAAAGGUUUCUAAAGAUGUGAGAAGGAAUCUAAAAGACGUUUAUUACAAAGCGGUGGCAGAAGCAAAGAAAUAUGCGACAGCUAAGAAUGUUCAUAAGAAGGAUGAUAACACCGCUUUUGAGUCCACUUCCGUUUCUGCUCACACGUAGUUUGUUGUGUAUCCUUAUAAGACGGCAAUGAAUAGCGUUUUUGCGAACAUCACAUGUUGGUUUUGAGUUUUUGAAUAUUGGUGGGUUUUCUAUCGCUUUGUCGUGGAUUUUGUUUCUUAUUAACCUUGGAUGGUUUUCUUUUGCAUUUGUAUGGAUUUUUACAUUGUG